AUGGUAGACGUUCUUUACAUUUCACAACGGGCUGCAAACUCCAUAAUAGCGGGUGUUGCACCUUACCGCAUCUCAUCUGAAGCACUACAAGCAAUCAACAAUUUUCUUGACGAAUUCUUGUAUUAUCUCAUCGAUGCAGCACAUUCUCUAGACCUGGUUCGAAUAAAGACGGCGAUCAGCACCGUGCUUCCAACCAGCGUCGGGAAAAAUGCCGUAUCAGAAGCAGAACUAGAACUAAAAACUUAUGUAGAGAGCGGAAAUUCAGAUAACACCAAAGAGCGAACGAUAGAAAUCACACCGUUCCCACUACAAAAAGUAUUCGAACAAUUUCGCAUCAAGUGUCAGUAUUAUAGUACCCUGGGUGACCGGGAAGGCGACGACACGGAAAACGCCGUUCCCGAUUUGUGUCCCUCUUCGGAUGGCAUACAUAUUGCGCCGAGUUUGGCUAUCUAUUUGACAGCUGUAUUGGAGUAUGUCGGGGAAAAUAUUUUGUUCCUGGUGGCGAAGACUUCGGAAAAACACAAGGUUGAAGUGGCGAAAGCUAGAGAAGUUUACACUGCUUUAUCGGAAGACCCACAAAUUUCUCCUUUGUUUCUUCGAAUGGAUCUUAAGGCACAAAUGGAGGUAGCUAAAUAUGGAAUGACGCCUGUGAAUGGUUAUUCGCCAUCAUCGCCAACUCGUACUUCCCUCGACUCCGCGAAAUCAUCUCGUUCCGGACCAUCACUAAACAAACAUCAUCGUCAUAAUGGAAGCGGUGAUAGAAAAGAAUCAGUUGAUGAAAUGAGCAUGAAUGGAAGUAAUGGAUCAUCAUAUAGUCGAAUAAGCAUGGAACUUAAGAGUCCAAGAUCAACAAAAAGUUCUAGUGAAAAGGAAAGUGAUAUGAGGAGUGUUUCUAGCUUGGAGGAUUCUGGAAAGAUGAAAAAUUUCGACCAAUUAUUAACUGGAAGCCAAACAAUGAAGGUUUCUUUAACUCCGAAUCGUCUAAUAACUAUUGAGACGCAUAAAAGACCGCCAAAACUUGCACCUCGAGAACCUGUUUCAAGGGAACGGAUAAUUCAACCAAGUGGACCCACAGUGCCAUCUAAUAAUAAAAUAGAUGAAUCGGAUGAUUUAGACGACGAUCUUUUUCCACAGAAAGGCCGUAAACAGGAUAAAGAAAGCUUAUAUGAGUUCUUGAAAAACACAAGUCCGGAUGAUGUAUUAGGUAAUAAAUCCAAUUUCAAGAAUAAAUCAGCAACAAGACGCGUAAAAUCGAUCGAUCAAUUAGAGCCUGUACCAGAACAAAGACCCACUAGUCCAAAAUAUGUUUCUCUAAUCGCCACGGCAUCAUCCUUGCCAUCGUCACCUUCAUAUUCAUCUGGACAACAUAGGAAGGUAUCACCUGGGCCGCUACAUAAAAAUGUGUCGGGAUUAGAUCGCUCAAAUAGUAAAGCAUCAAUGUUGUCGAGUAAAAGUGCCGGAAAUCCCGACACGAGAUCAUCAAUAACCAAAAAGUCUAAGCGAAGACACCAAGCCCAAGAUCUGAUGGAUUUCUUAGCAACAACACCUCCGAGUGAAAAGACAUCAUUUUCGCAAGCUGAUUUACCACCAGUUAUAAAUAAUGGUGGUAAAAAGAAGGAAAAAAAAUUUAAAAAAUUCUUUACUCGGUUCAGGAAAUCGUCAUUCUCUGAUGAUCAAAGUCUCUAUGAACAACCACUGACAAGGCUUUCUAGUUUAAAUAGUUUGGGAACAUCGAAUGUUCCCUCAAGUGAUAACUUGACAAAAACUAAUAAACCACCUCGGUAUGUGAAAAUCGAGAUUCCUCCGUUACCUAAAACCGAAGAAAAACAAGAGCCAAGUAUUUUCGAUCAGGUUGAAAUUCAAGGUCGUCAUGCACGACAUUUAUCCAAAACAAUUUCUCUAAAUUCACCAAGAAGUGGACACAACACACCAAAUAAGGCCACAUUCAGUUCAAAUGAACGUAAACCAUUAUUGACGUAUACAGGAAUAUAUGACGAAGAGUAUGAGGAUACGCAUGAUAAGCAUGAUAAACGUUCAACAGCACGAAGCUCAAUUAUGGCUGGUUCUGGCUUUAAUACCCCAACUAAAGAUUCAUACAACACCAAGAAUGAAUAUCUAAAUCAACAAAAUACAUCUGCACUAAAAACACCACCUCCCUCUCCUUCAAGAAACAUUUCAAAUUCCCCAAAAGCAUCUUCACCACAGCAGACAAGUUAUAACAUACCAAUAUCUCAGCAACGAGAUAAUUCUACGCGGACAAUUUCUCAUGAAGAUCAAACGGAAAUGAUGAGAAAUUCAAGUUCGCAAUCAACACCGCUUGAAUCAGAACAAUUUAUAGCAAGAGCUAAAUCGGUACCUCAUUCUUCAAUAUUAGUUUCCACCGUAACAACAAAGAUAAAAUCAACUAGUGUAAUAAAUAAUAUCGAAGAAACAAAAUAUAAUAAUCAUCAUAAUCAUGAUGAAAUCCCUUCAUCAAUUAAUGAUAUCAACAUUAAUGAAAAUUAUAAAUACUCUGAAAAUGCAUCACCGGUAACCAUCACAAUAACACCCGUAACUCAACGAAAAUUGACUGACGGAAGUCCAUUAAUUGAAGAGUCAGCGGAAAUUGUCGAUACGAAAGAAGUGUCUUCAGAAGUUGUUUGUGAAAGUGUUAUUAUUGACGAAGGAGAGGAGGUAGAGCAAGUGGAUAAAGAGAAAGAGAGAGAAGAGGCGCUCGUAGUUGAAUGGUUAUUGGGUACUGGUUUUGGUUUUGGUUUCAAGAACAAUAUUACAUAUCUCGAUGUUGUCGAUAUUGAAGAUGGUGGUGUAACAGACGAGGACGAAUACGUUGAAGCUGUUGAUGACAGUGAUUCGGUCAUGGAUAAUAUGAAUUAUUAUCGAGAUUCCGGAAGUACUAUCAAUGCAUUAUAA